AUGAUGUUGCUUUAUCCCUGUUUGCCCCACACACAGUGGUGUGACAAGCUGGAGGCUGGCAAGGCGCAGGGGGAGGGGGAGGGGGAGGCACGGACUGGGGAAGGUGCAUCUGCAGGGAAGGCGAAGGGGGGUUCGUCCAUCGAUGCGCUGCUGGCGAAUGAAGUGGCAGCACUCAAGAAACAGGUGCGUGCGUGUGGAGAGGGGGUUGAGGAAACAGGUGUGUGUGUUUUGCAGCGGCUCACAGCACAAACACCCAUCACUUCCCUCUCUCGCAAUCCUCUUUUCCCUCCCUCUUCCUCCCCUUGCCCCUCGUCUUGUCCCUCCCCUUGUCCUGAACGCUCUCACCUGCCUCGGUUCGUGAGUGUGGAGUCUGGGUGCAAGGCACUGCUGUUCGUGAGGAUUAGAGAGGAUGCCAGGAAGGGGGGGAAGGGAGAGAAGGGAGGAAAGCAGUUGGAGGAGGGAGAGGAGAAGGAGGAGGAGGGUGAGAAGGAGGAGGUGGGGAAGACGGAGGAAGGGGAAAAGGAGGAGGAGAAGGGUGAAGGAGACAAGGAGGGGAAGGAGGGGGAUAAGGCCGGGGGGAAGGAGGGGGAUAAGGGGAGGCAGGGGGAGAGCAGGGAAGGGUGUCGCCGUGUGAGUUGGCAGAGGCGGUGCUGCGGCAUGCCAAGGCCACCCAGCAGUCAGCCACUCGGUGGGUGUGGGGUAGUGGGUGUGGGGCAGUGGGUGUGGGGCAGUGGGUGUGGGGCAGUGGGUGUGGGGCAGUGGGUGUGGGGCAGUGGGUGUGGGGCAGUGGGUGUGGGGCAGUGGGGCAGUGGGUGUGAGGCAGUGGGUGUGGGGCAGUGGGUGUGGGGCAGUGGGUGUGGGGCAGUGGGAGUGAGGCAGUGGGUGUGGGGCAGUGGGUGUGGGGCAGUGGGUGUGGGGCAGUGGGUGUGGGGCAGUGGGUGUGGGGCAGUGGGUGUGGGGCAGUGGGUGUGA